GCCGAUAAUGUUUUUACUUAAUUUUUUGAUAUUCUAAAUAAUAAAAAUAAAAGUACGUACCAUAACCUUACUUUACUUCCUGAUCAAAGUUUUUAUAAAUUUAUGCAUAAGUUCUAUAAUUAAUGUAAAUGGGUAAAGAAAAGGAUACUCAAGAUACAACAUUAAAAACCAAUUCUUCUUCGGAGAUUGACAAAGAAACGGCAUUAGAUAUGGAUAUGUAUAAGACAAUAAUCAUGUUUGAGGAAGAAGAAGCUUUGGAGCGAUCGUCUGAGAACGAUGCUGAAAGCUUCUUUGACACUUGUAAUCAAAUACGUAAUAAUAUGAGUGAAAUAGCCAAGCUUAAGUCUAAUAACGACGCUAGCACAAAAGAAGAUAUUAGAGAGUUACAGGUAGAUACAGCCUUAGCAUUUAUGGAAUUAAAGAAACUGAAUAGAAUGGAAAAAUUUAGAACUAAAUUCUCUCGUGAUUCUUUAACAACUGCUAAAACUAACGUUGACAAUCGACAUUUGCAAUUGCAAAAUUUAUUAUACGAAGUAAUUCAUUUAAAAAAAGAAGUACUGAAAUGUUUACAAUUUAAAUCCAAAGACGAAAACAUAUUGCUGGUUUCAGAAGAAGAGUUCUACAAAGAAGCUCCAGAAAGUAUUUCUAGAUUGGAAACAACGCAAAAUGAUCCGCACCAAAAACGAUUAGCUAGACUAGAGUGGGAGCUUACGCAAAGGAAGCAAUUAGCAUUAUUAUGUGAUAACCUGAGUGAAAAUAAGAAAUCUGUAGCUGCUAGUAUCGAGUCUAAACAGUCACGUUUAGAUAAUUUAGCUCCUCAAUUACGUGGUAUUUUAGAGGCAAGUAAACCGUUACAAGAAAGUCUUGGACUACCAUUGGAUAAAAUAAAAUUAGAGCAUGAAAAAGCUGCGUUAUUGUCACCGCCAUUAUAUAUUUUGUAUGCAAAAGCAUCUGCAUUUAGAGAUGCUUGUGAUACUACAUUAGUCGUUUCGGUAGAGGGUGACGAGGAAGAAGCAAAACGUACUUUUAAUCAAGAUGGUGGACAAGAAUCUGAUUCGGAUAACGAAGGCCAAUCGGAAAAUAUUCCUGAAGAAACUCCUGUACAUAAAAAAAGGCAUCAUAGAAUAUCAAAAGAAGCUAGACAAGAGGAAAAAAAACUUCGACUGCUGCAAAAACAUCCUCUUAGCGUGAAAAUAAUUGUUUCAUUUAAAAAUGAUACGAAAUUAAAAUUGCAGUUUUAUUAUUUUACUGUAUUGAAAGUGAUAACAGUAGUAUCGGAUCUUUUAACUGUAAAUUUGGGUGGUAUUAGCGUAGGAGACAUGCUUGCAUCGGAAUCUGUGCUACGUGAAUUAUAUCCUGGUGACACAGGAUUUGACAGUCCAAAUCCUGCAAAUACUUAUCAACUAGCAAGACAGAAACUUGGCACAUUUUCAUCCCUUAGUUUAGGUAUUCCAUACAAAUGGGCACAAUGGAUGGCAGGCUUACAUUUCGUUCCGGUUGAUGCUCGCGAACAAAAAUCUGUUAUUCAAGAUAAUGGACAAGAUAGCGUCGAAAGUGUACUGAAAGAAAUAAAGAAACGAGUGAGAGCAAGAUUGGAUUUGUGCGCAGAAAUACGUCAAUUGGAAUCGGGCAGUUUAUCUAUAUUCACAGAUUCGAUCGAUGCCAUACCACAGAAAAUAGCCACAAUUCUUCAUAAAUUUAAUAUUUCAUCGUGGAAGAAUUAUUGUAAUACAUUCAAUUAUUCAGAAUCACAUAAAGAGAACUUUAUGACAUCGUCCGAUAUAUUUUAUGAAGCCAUUUUACGACGUGGAAGUAGUGAACUAGUGGCAUAUAUUGCAAUUAAGCCAGACUAUCCCAAAGUUACAUCAGUUUUUCGAAUAAUUUUUAAUUCAAAUAUAUCUGCCGGAGUGGACAUUCAUCGGGACAUUGAACGUGAAAUCAACGUAAUGUGGGAUAAACCUCCGACGUUGUCUGCUCAACUUCAACGACUCAGAUCUUGUUUCGACAUAUACUUGGAAACAGAAAGUAUGGCACCACGAGAAAAAAUUUUUUUUCAUUCUGUCCGAGGCAGAACUCGCUCCCGCCCUUACAAAUAUGUAGAAAUUGGGGGUGGCAUAUUCACUCAUCGAUAGGUUUUAAUCAUAAUUACAUUAUUAUUUUCAAUGAGUGGUAAGAUUUUUAAAUAAAAUGAAAAUA